CUCCCAACCCUUCCUAGUACCAGUGGGUCAAUGGACGUCUUGCUCGUGUCCGCGAACCAGGAUCAGCGUCAAAGUAUAAUGCAAGCUUGCUGGCUCCGGGAAAGCAAGUAUCACCCACUUGGAAUACGGUAUAUAUACUCUCAGAGCUCUUCGGGGGACCAGAUGUCCUACUCGGAGUUCGGCGUUUCUCGAAAGACUACGUAUGGUUCGUCCUAAGUUUCCAACGGCUCAAGCCCCCUGGGCUUAAAUUCUAUCACUUCAUCAUUCUGAUUUACAGCUUUCAUGAAUACUGCCCUGUGUGCGAAUUUUACUCGAUCUUAGCUCUCAUCUCACAAUGAGCUCAUACAGGUUUCUGAUCAUGAAUCGUGGGUCUAUGUCCUUCGACGCACUUGUCAUCGGAGUGCACACUGCGAUACUUCAAGACUCAAGGAAGCGUGUUCUACGUAAGGGAUGAUCACUCCGUGCACGUCUGUCAGACAUAAGAACCCACGUCAACGGACAUGAAGUAUUCAACGGACUUGACUUCUACUUUGGACAUUCAACAUUUUGUCGUCCUGAGGAAGCUUCCCUCCCCCUCGGGCUGGCUUAGUCGUAGCCUACGAUCCCGGAUAUUUAUCCUUUCUCUGCACCUAUAACCCCCGACGCUCCUGAAAAUUCUCAAACUUAUUCCCUGCUUCUAAACUUUAUUGAGAUUGUAUAUCUCUUCCUCUUCUGAACUAGCGCGCAAGCCUUCGCCUGUCUCUUCCCAUUCCCCGAUGAACCAUUACGAGGACUAUGAGUCGCGAUGUUCCUCUUUGGGACCGCUCAUCUCAAGAGGGAUGGGACUGCACAACUGUGGAUACUUCGCUCGAGUCAUCAACAGGCGAGGCUGCCGAAAUUCAGGUAUGAGGCUAACACUCUCGGAAGGAGACGUCGUCUUCAUUACCAAUAACCACAUCGCUGAAAAGCCCGGGUGGCUUUUUGGUAUCCGACUUACAGGGGACAAUUCCCUAGCCGAAGUUGGUCUAGUUCAUCAGAGUGAUAUCGCUCAAGUGUCAAAGGAUGAGAUCUCACGAUGGCCAGCGAUCUUAGACCGACCUAUCCCUUCAUCGGUUUCAUCCGUUUUGUUUCUCGGAGGCAGGACGGGGAGAGUUCAUUUCGGUAUACCAGCCCGAAUUGUUUCCUGCCGUACAGGAUAUACGACUGUUCGAGUGCAAGGGGAGAUGGGGAGGUAUCUGGAUGUCGAUGUUGGGGAGGUUGUCCUGCUCGUCGGAUACGCCAACAACAAUUAUUAUGCGAUCAAGGCUAGCUGGGAUGAUCAUGACCGAGUCUGGUCUGGCCUGGUCGAUCAUCAUGACGUUAUUCUACUACGGCCUGUUGGACCCAAUGAACUUGUUGAUAUUCAGCAGGAACCCCUACCGAUUGAGAAUGAGGAUGCAGACGACCGAGUGGAGCACACAAACAUUAUGAGCGCUGGAACAGGAGUGGGAGAUCUCCAAGGCUUCAUUGGAAUGGAAGGAUACCUCGACAAUUUUUGCCAGAAAGCCAGCGAAGGGUUAUCGCCGUUCAAUCUUCGUAUCAUGAAAUGGAGGUCGGAAGUCUACGCAAAUAGUUAUUCUAGGAUUCGGAGGUUUAACUCUUUUGAAUUGACUACACAUGUAAAUCUUGAAGUACAUUGAAAUGAUACGUA